UUCAGGAGAUGACCAGAGACUGCGGACAGUACAGGGGAUGACCAGAGACUGCGGACAGUACAGGGGAUGACCAGAGACUGCGGACACAGUACAGGGAUGACCAGAGACUGCGGACAGUACAGGGGAUGACCAGAGACUGCGGACACAGUACAGGGAUGACCAGAGACUGCGGACACAGUACAGGGAUGACCAGAGACUGCGGACAUAGUACAGAGAUGACCAGAGACUGCGGACACAGUACAGGAGAUGACCAGAGACUGCGGACAGCACAGGGAUGUCCAGAGACUGUGGACAUAGUACAG